AUCUAUUGUAAUAUUGAAUUUGGCAACAGAUGUUUGGUUGUGGAAAAUAUUUUUUUUUUAACAAUCAACCAAAAUGCCGACCAAACGUCGAUUAGGCAAACAGCGGAAACCAUCAUUACCGCCUCGGGUAAAAAAUGAACAACAAGAUCAAGAUUAUACGAAGCAAUCAGAAACAAACACUCAUUCCUACAUAUCAACUAAAUGGAUAUUCGUUUGGUUUCUAUUUGCACGUCUUUGUUCAGCUUUAUGGAAUAACAUUAAUGAUUGUGAUGAAACAUUUAACUAUUGGGAACCAUCACAUUUUCUAAUCUAUGGUAAUGGAUUUCAAACAUGGGAAUAUUCACCCAAAUACGCUAUCCGAUCAUAUGCAUAUCUAUGGCUUUAUAUGCUACCUGCUAAAUUGUUGAAAUUUUUUUUUAGUAAAAUUGUGAUCUUCUACAUUACCCGUUUUUAUAUGGUGAUGAUUUCGGCUUCUAUCGAAACUUUUUUAUUCAUAUCAAUUCGAAAAUAUUUUGGUAAUCAAACUGCAGUCUAUUAUUGUGCUACUUCCUGUUUGGCUGCCGGUAUGUUCAAUUCGAUGACAACAUUUCUUCCAAGUUCAUUUGCCAUCUACAUUGUUUGUUUAUCAUUGGCUUUUUGGCUUCGUGACAAUGAUCAGCUUUUCAUCUUUUUCUUUGCUUUUGGGUCGAUUCUUGGUUGGCCAUUCAUUUCGGUAAUUGGAAUCCCUAUGGCAUUAUUUAUUCUUCUGUCAAGUCCGAAACAAUUCAUUAAAGCGUCUUGCAUUUCGGCUUUGAUAAUAUUAAUACCAACUAUUGCGAUCGAUUCAUAUUAUUAUGGUAAAUUUGUAUUUGCCAGUUUGAACAUUAUCCUUUACAAUGUGUUCAGUGAACAUGGUCCAAAUAUUUAUGGAACUGAACCAUUUUCAUACUACAUAAGAAAUUUAUUCCUUAAUUUCAACAUUUUCUUUUUCAUUUCUUUAUCAUCUUUUCCGAUUUUGAUGAUCACAUGGUUUAUGAGUGUAAAAUUUCCAAUAAACCAGAAUUGGAUUAUGCAAUUUUUGUUAAAUUGUUCAUUACAUCUCUGGUAUAUGAUAUUCUUUUAUCAAGCUCAUAAAGAAGAACGUUUUAUGUAUCCAAUCUAUCCUUUAUUGUGUUUGACAACAUCUCUGACAUUCAACAAUUUGACAUUGAUUGUCGCCUGUUUUUCCCGUUUACAAUCAUUUAUGCGAAAAUUGAUUGGUUUAUCAUUUUCAAUAUUUUUCAUUCUCAGCAGUGCUAGAAUAUCUGCACUAUUCGAAGGAUAUUAUUCAUCAAUGAAUAUCUAUCAUAAAUUCUGGGAACCAAACAUGAUUAUCGAUUCGACUUUAUAUAAUACAACAACAACAACAACAAGAAUUAUUUGCCUAGGCAAAGAAUGGCAUCGAUUUCCAAGUAAUUUUUUCAUUCCAUCUAAAUUUCGAAUUGAAUUUAUUGCAUCGGAAUUUCGUGGACAAUUACCUAAACAUUUUGAUACAAAUGUCACAUAUCCAACUCGUACGAUACCUGAUCAUAUGAAUGAUAUGAAUCAAGAAGAAACCGAACGCUACAAAAAUGUUCAAAAGGAUUGUCAUUAUAUUAUUGAUUCAGAUUAUCCAGAUUAUUAUGGCCGUGAUUAUCCAUAUUCUAAACAUCCAGAAUCAUGGAUAAUAAUUAAAUCAUUACCAUUUCUUGAUCAAAAACGAUCACCAAAUAUAUUACGUACAUUUAGCAUACCAUUCAUUUUUGAAAGUAAAUGUCAAUUUAUCGAUUAUAAUCUAUUGGCCAAUAUCAGAUAUUAUAAUAAGCACCAUUAAUUUGAUAUCCACAAUCCACAAUCAUCAUUAUUAAUUAAUUGAAUUAAUCAGCAAAAAAUGAUUAAUAAUUAAAAUUUUUUUUUAUAAA